AUGGCAAUGUCGAAGUCGCCUGCUAAACCACCUGAAUCAUCUGCUAAUCAUCUCAUUUCUAAUGGACGAUCAGGCCUAGAUCUCUCCUUAUCUUCUGCCAUUUCAGCGUCUGUUCCUUCUUUAUCUCCGAACGACGUGCGCAUCUUGCAUCACCAAUCGCGCUUGGCUCCCUCUUUACUAUUGUCUUCUCCACCCGGAGAUUCAAGUCCAUCCGACUCAGCUUCCCCGAAACAAUCCCCACGAAGCAUUGCUCUCGAACCCCCACCACUUCCAUUCCUCCUGAACUACCGCGGGCAAGGGGAAACCCGUGCAUCGUCACCAGAAAACCGGAGGCCAGAAAGCAGCGUCUACUACACAACUACCUGGGGUUCUCCGUAUGCAGCUCGCAGUUCUCGACGUUUGUCGUUAACCCUUAGUCAAUACGCCGGUUUCGAUCAACCUUCAGGGGAAAGCUCACCAGACUUGUCAGAACUAAAUCAACCUGAGUUCCGCAGAGCAAGUGUGGCCGUUAACUCGCACGAUAUCGUCGGCUAUCGAGAAGGAGGGAAAUUGACUGAACGAAAGUCUAUUCGCGACUUCACACAGGAUUGGAUCGACCAGUACCUGUCUGGACAACCGAGAACUGAGCGCGGUAACUGGUUGAGCGACGACUCUGGAAGUGAGACGCCUUCGUUCACUACUGCUCUUAAUCAACCCGCGGACGAUCUAUCGGAUUGGCUUGGACUGGAGGACGACAUUCGUGACGAUAAGAGCGAUAUUUUGAAAACACCAAGACCAUCUGAUUUUGCGAGUCGGAGAGCUGAGAAGAAGCCUUCGCAUAAACGCGCGGAUACACUGCGUCAGGCGGAUUUUUGGGGGUUUGCCUACGAUAAAGAAUCGCCUAAGAAUAUGUCGAUUUCACAGGGGUCUUUCCCCGACCACGAGGUGAUUCCCGCGGGUGAAAAUCCAUUUGCACCGGUUGAGGUUGAGAAACUUGUUUCGCCGACUGAGAAACCGCUGCCACUAGUUGAGACCGAGAAACCACUGCCACCAGCUGAGACCGAGAAACCACUGCCGCCAGCUGAGACCGAGAAACCGCUGCCACUUCCUCCAGCCGAUGAGGCGGAAAAUCUACAGAGUACAGAGGAACACGUGCCGCAAAGCCAGACCUCAAAAAUGACUACAGCGAUUGCCAAAACUCCGAGACGCCGGAAGAAGAUGGCUUGUAAGGGCAAGGUAUGCAUUAUUGACCUACCAGUGGAUGAUAUCCGAGGCUCGGCUGAAUCUCGAUUGCGUCUCUUGACUCCUGAGGAUGUUGAAGAACGAAUGAGGGCAUGGGAGGAAGAAGGAUAUGACGUUCGUGGAUUCACUAUUGGUUCAGAAGACGAUCCCUCUCAAUUGACAGAACUGGGAAGCCUGAGCCGUCCUUUGUUCCCUGAUCCUUUUGAAGUGUACGAGGAGACGAAGGGCCAAAAAGCUUUCAUUCGUUUUCCGGACAGAAGGGUCUGGGAUGCUUAUGUUCAAAAUUUGCAAGAGGAGAAGCUUCGCGCCCUUGGCGUGUCUUUCGGCGACAAUGAACCUGUGCCAUCCAUUUCCCCUGCCCCUGAGAUGAGAAAUCAACCUCAAAUGCCAUUUGGUCUAAUUGGGUCACCACCUUUACCCACUGCAUCAGCAGCAGGCAAUCCCCUCGGACCAAUUCACAAUUUCUCCCCGGCCUUUGGCCAGUCAGCUGGAACCUUAUCUGGUGGAAUCGGGUCUCUGACAUCGCCUGCCUCUCAAUUCAGCGUUCAGACCCCAUACCUGGGCGUCGAUGGACAUAACAUGCCUAAUGGAGGAUUCCCCUUCCAGUAUCAGCCCACACCCCCUGCCCAGGGCGCUAUCACUCCCCAGAGUCUUAUCAAUCUGCGACAAGGGAACUCGUCUGUCGGUCCAGGAGGAUUGUCCUACAAUUCUAUGCUGUCCCCUAUAUCACCAUUACAUGAGCAAACCUUCCACAAUGGGUACUACGACAUUACGCCUCAUGACAAAAAUAUCCAUGAUGGCCCGCCAUUCCCAACACCUCAGACUCCAGUCAAUGGGGACCAAUUCCACACUUCUAACAUUGAGAUCGCUCACCCAACACCCAGGGGCCACGGCCACAACCUGAGCGAAAACCUCCAGCGAGGUCUUGAUCAGAUGACACACCCCGAAUACCAUCUGGAUAAGUCGACUGAUCACCAUUACAACGAAGGAGGUCACGAUCCAAACCAUAAUGCGUUGAACGCCAACCUCUACAAGUCACACUGGACCGGUCAGGACCAUCAAAUUCAGGAUCCCUCUCGUCGUCCUUCGCACGUAUUCUCUCAAACCCCUCAACAAUUCUUCCCGGAGCAGUAUGGGCAACUUAAUGCCCACGAGGGCUCUGACUUGGACACAAACCCUAGCAUUUCUGGAACGCCUCACCCUCAGGUCAUUCCAAACCAAGCACCGUGGCACGAGGCAGUCACAAGUGCCGGCUCCUACCAAGGCCAUCACCCCAAGAACUCCACAUCAUCUCUCAACGUUGAAGCUAAAGAAUUUGAUCCGAGUACUUCCUUCGUACCCCAGCCCGGACCGUUUGGUAAUGGAUUCAAAUUUGGUGGUGCGGCCCAACAAACGUAUGGUUUUGCUCCAAAUGCAGCGUCAUUCCACAACCAUUCAGCCCCCGAAAAUCCACUGGCAGCCACUCAUACCUCGCCGCAACCUAGCAGCUUCAAAUUUUCUGCGGCGUCGUUUAAUGUAGAGGCACCUGUCUUUAACCCCACUGGCAGUCUUGCCUCUAAUAUUAGCUCCGAGCAGCCAUCGGCCAAUAGGACCAAGAUAUUUGAUGAAGUUUCUCUCUCUGAUAUUUCAAAACCUUCCAAGGCAUCAAAGGCAAUUCCUAUUGUGCGACCGGAUGAGAUUGAGCUUAAUCAUCAGAAGGCUGGCGGCGAGGAAGUACGUGAUGAUAAUGAACAAAAUGGAAGAAGCAAGCGUAGUCGCGUUGGCCUCGGUCAUGUUCAGGGCGAGGCACGCUACAGCAUCUCGACCCACCCUCUGGGUGAGACCGGAAACGUCCAGGCGCCAAGUGCUCUCCAUGCCGUCGCUGAAGGCAAGGAGAAUGCUCUCCCCGAGCAAGAUUACGUGGAACGCCGUGGUACACCGACGAGUGAGGCUGAUACCUGGACUUUGUUCGAUGUGGAGCACAAGCAUGGGGGUAGAUCAAGCACAACGUCACCAUUGCAGAAACUUGCCGACUUCAACAAGAGAGGCAGUCUUGCUGCCAUUGAUACAAAUCAUGCCACCAAGGAUAAAAGCACAAUUCUAUCGCCCACGGCUGCGCCCUUCGAGUUCAAAACGGCUGUCCCUGCUUUCGUGCCAACGACUGAUCAAAAAUCGGCUACCGAGCAAGUAGUAACCUCUCCAUCCGUUCUUUCCCUCGGUGGCCUGAUGGCGUCUCGAUAUGCUACUUUACCAGCGACGUCACCAUCCCAGCAGCCUGCUCAAAUGACUACACCGAUGAAACUGCCGCAGUCAGCUACUCCCCAGCAAAAGCUAGAGUACUACCGCGAAUCCGCCGAGGAGUCGCCGGAUGACGACGAGCUCAAUGCUAUUAUGGCGCAACUCAAUGAUGACUCCGACGUUGGUAUCCAAAGAGAUGCUCAUACUACUCCCCUUCCCUCAAAGUUCGUCUCAGAGUCCGGUGGUGGUCCCACAAAGGAGAAGCCUUUCGGCCCUGCAGAACUCAGAAGCGAAGCUCCUAGCCCCAGCCCUGGUGGCGGUCAUAAGUCAUACAAGCUCACUAUUCCUAAUCUCGGCUCGGACAUUGACAUCCAGACCAAUGCUACCUUCUCACCACAUAAGAGCCUCAUUACUCGUCUUCAGUCGCCGGUUCGCCAAUUCAUCAGUGAAAACAACCAUGUUAGCGAUUGGGACGAUAUGAUCUCUUCCGGUGAGGAUGAAAAGUUCCUCAACCGUAAUCGCUUCUUCGAUCGUCGGAUCAAUGACAUCGUUGGUUCUGCAAUUGAUGAUCGCUUUACCCCGAUGGAGCGCGCUUUAGCUGUGAUCCAGCAGUCUAUCGCAUCGAUUGCCUCCGGGACAGCCAGUCGACGUGCUCUGCGCAGUACCUCUACUGAGAUUGAGAUGGAGGACAGUGAUGCCGACGAUGAAGAUGAUAAUGAAGAUGUGGAGGGAUCUGUAAGAACUCGUUCGCCCCCUCAUAAGCGGACACGGGACCGUAAGCUCGAUAUGCUGAAGGGCGUUGUUAUGGAAGCUUUGGCCACACAAGCUCUACCUCAACGCAACGCUCAUCACUCUAGCCACUCUGAAAUGGCGCAGCUUAGGGAAAGUGUCCUUGAACUGCAGGCUCUUACCAUCAAGAACCUUGCCCAAGACCCUGUCGGUGAUAUGCGUGAGAUUCUAGAGCAGAGUUUGAUGAAGCAGCUCGCCCAUCAGACUGCUCAGCAGAGUCCACGUCUAUCUGAAGCCGAAGAGAUUGGUGCAGAUAGCUUGAUGUUACAGAUUGAUGGACUGAAGAGGAUGUUGCGUCUGGCCGACGAGCGUGCCGACAACGAGUAUAAUGCUCGCCGGGACGUCCAGGACAACAUGAAUACCCUCCAGCAUCUCUUGAAGGUUGCUGAGGAAGAUGCCGCUCGCCAUAGUGCUGCUGCCGAAGAUGCUGAGUCACGUCUUCUCCAUUUCAAAGAAGAAAAGAUUCCUCACCUGGAGAAGAUGCAGUUCCUUACCCAAUCUCUAAGUGAAGAGGGUGAGACUCUCAAACUUACUAUCGCCGAGCUUUCGGCUAAGAAUAUCGCACUCGAAGGAACAUUGGACGAGUACCGGGUUUCGAGUGAUAGCUUCCGUCGUCGACUGCAGGAUAGCAAGGAGGAGAACAAGUCCCUUCAUGAGACUGUUGAUCACCUGAGAACUCGCAUUGAGGACAGCAUGGUGGCCCGACACAACCUGACUGAGAAGUUCGACCGUCUCCAAACUGAUAUGGAAACAGCCACUGCCGAUAUUAUUCGCGAUCAAGCCACUUGGCGCCAGAAGACGGAGGCGCAGAAUGCCAAGUACAAUGAGCUGAGUGCAUCCCACGCUCGUGAAGUCGUUUUGCGCGGACAACUCGAGCAGGAUGUCAUUGCAUUUGAGCAGCGCGAAAGGGAAGCUGCCAAGCUCAAGUUUGUGCAUGAGCAAACACUGCAGGAGAAUGUCAGAUUGGAAGAGGUGAUUGCGAACCUGCGUAGCGAUAACCAUGAUCUCGAGCUGAAGUCCGCUCGCUUUGAACGGGAGUUCAAUGAGGCUCGUGAGAGCAGUCGUAUGGAGAUCCAGCGUACUCGGAACUCCAUGGAAGCUGAUCUGGAGGCCUCUAACAGUCAAGUGAACUUUGUUCGUGCAGAGCUUGAGGCUCAGAUCAUGCGUCUUGAGAGCCAGUUGGACAAUGCUCGCAUGGAUGCUGACACUUCACGCGAGCGCUUUGAGAUGCUACUUGAGGACGCCAAUGAAUCUAAGAUGACUGCUGUUGCUUUGGCCAAGGAGUCCCGGGAUCUCGCACUGGAGGAGCAGCGUAAGACUCACGAGCGUGUCCUCAAUGAUCUCCGCGAACGCCACGCACGUGCCCUUCACAACACUUCUGAAGAUCGCCAGCGUGGCGAGGCAAACAUGGAGGAGCGGAUGGCCAUAACCAACGAGCGAGUGCAGCUCCUAACAGAGAAGCUGGAGAUCGCGCAGUCCGCUGCCCGUGCUGCUGCUCAAGCCGCCCGCAGUGGCAAGACCGCUCCAUCGGUGCCCACACAUUCAUCUGCACCUUCCAUGUCCUUCAACCAGGGAUCUGGACCAGACAAGAUCUCCCCACAGGCUCUGCGUGAAUCCAUCUUUGUCCUCCAAGACCAACUCCAGCAGCGCGAGACUCGCAUUGAGGAGCUUGAGCAAGAGGUUUCCACCUUGGACAAGGACGCACCAAAAAAGAUCAAGGAACGCGACAGUGAGAUUACCUGGCUUCGGGAGCUCCUCGGCGUUCGUAUGGACGACCUGCAAGACAUUAUCAGGACACUUUCCCAGCCCACUUUCAACAAACACGCUGCCCGCGAUGCUGCCAUUCGCCUAAAGGCCAACCUCCAAAUGCAGCAGCAAGAGCGAGACCGUGCCGUGGCCGGCCAAAGCUUCCCAUCCAUAUCCGAUCUCGCCGCAUCACCGCGAUCACUCCCCUUAGCAGCAGCCGCCGCUUGGGGUAACUGGCGCAAAGGCAGGGAGACCGCUAACCCGGCUUCAGACCAGACUCCCUCGAAACCAAGCAACACCAGCUCCUUCCUCUCAGGACUCCUAACACCCCCAAGUUCCCACGUCCGACAAAACGCGCCUAAACCUACUGCACCGGGGCGGUCUUUUGCUGAAACCAGGCCGUUGAGAGGAAUCAACCAGCAAGUUCUUAACCCGCCCCAGACACCUCCGCUUAUGCGCCGCUCAAGCUAUGAUCAUGAUGCCGAGCCCGGCAACUACGAGUACAACAACUUUACUCCUGAUGAUCUCGAGAGCACAGUUGACGGCAUGGUAUCUGCAUCUCCUAAAUCGUCUGAUGAGGAUGGCCCAUUUGGCCCUGAGAUACUCACUCGAGAAGAAGAGGAAGGAGAAGAGGAAGAGGAAGAGGAAGAGGGAGAGCUGUAG